AGUUGGACGUGAAAGAAACCCCGCGUAUUUAAGGAGGGUUUUAUUUACUAACCUCCAGCUGCACACCACGCCCCGGCGGCGGAGUCAGUUUGGAGCUGACGUCGGCGAAAUGAAAUCGGCUCGCUGCAUUUUCCCUCACAGAAUGGAAGUAGUCGUGGAGGUGAUACGGACUAAACUCGCUUGACGUGCCAGGAUAUUGAACCUGCUGUCCCUUUUCCCUCUCCCUCUUGAGUAUACUUUUUUUUUUUUUUUUUUUUUUACAACGAAGCCUCUCUCUCUGUGGUUGCUCAUCUAUAAGUGCCCCCGUAUGGACGAUGAGGAGGAUGAUGUGUUUGAGCCAGACCCCCACUGCUGGCGCACCACAUUCAAGGAGAUAAAGUGUGAAGACCGGGGCACACAGACACCCGGUCCCGCCCUGGCACCGAACAACGGCAUGCUGCCCUGUGGAGUCGCAGAGGAUCCCAGACCACUCUUCUACGGCAACGCAGGUUUUCGAUUGCACUUCCCGGCACACUUUGAGCUCGUUGGGGACCAGGAGGCGAGGCGACCAGAAAGUGAAGGGCAGCAAAACGGGAUGGAGCAGCCUCCCCGUCAGCAGCCUGCGGCUCGCAGUGUGGAGGCCUGCAUCGGACAGAAACUCCAGCUGAUAGGAGACCAGUUUCACCGGGAACACCUACAACUGUAUCAUCGAAACCAAAGGAACCAGGGGCGGAUGUGGUGGCGCCUGGCCGCAGCUCUGCUCAGCCUUCUGUUCGACAGGGGGUUCAUCGCUGGAGGAGGUGGAGCAGGACGGAGGUGAGGGGGGGUCUCCCCAUCUCUCUGAGGAACUGGACUCCUAAAGGCACUGUCAAAUCUAACACGGGUCUGUUUUUGGGGGGGGGAAGAAAGGAGGGAAAAGGUCACCGCGGGACGGAGACAACCAACUUUUGUACAAGGUCGUGAGCUUUUUUUUUUCUUUCCAAGAAGAUGCCAUGAUGCUCCGAGAUUCCUCUACAGGACAAUGUUCAUAUUUUGGUAUAUGUGUGGUCUAGUAGUUUUGUACAGUAUAUUGUUCAUGUUAAAUUUUUUGCACUUGUAUCCAUCUUUAAUGACCUCCACAUACCCUGGGAAUGCCUUAUUCAAUGUCUUCUGCCAGAAUGAGUAUUUAGAGAGAUGGUUAGGAAAUGAAAGGAAGUGUGGCAUGAGGUUUUCUUUUCUGAAGUUUCCCAGUUGAACAGAGAAAUUGAUUUACUAAUUUCCAAAGAGGCAGUUUCUCAGAACAAAGCAUUUUGCACCUCACUUCAAUGGAACAUUUAUCUGUUUCUUUAUUUUUCUAUUUCUUUUGGUUUUUGUUGUGUUACUCCGUUUUGAACAGGAUCCCUCGGUAUCAUUCAAAAUAGUUUCUACACAUGAAAAAGUCUGCACACUUUAACCUAAAUAUCUUUCUAUCACAGCUGUUUUAUGGCGAACCUUUCUUCAGUCAUGUGCUACAUGUCAUACAGUCUGAACAUUUUGAUGGCUCAGGAAGUAUCAGGGUGGAGUAUCAGUGACUGGUAAAACAAGCCCGUUGACUGUACAACAGCAGACAACAGCUUCUAUUGACAUUAGUAAUUGGGAAUAUUGACAAUGAAAACACAUUUCAAAAAGUAGUUGUUUUGACGGAAUCAAGGAGCAUUAACAUACGAGUGCAUGCCACUCUAUUAAGGCUACACCCAAACAUUCAAACAGUCAUUUUAUAUUCAAAUAUUAUGUAAAUAACCAACUACAACUGCUGCUGACUUAUUUAAAGAUACUGUUCUGUUAUUUUCCCUUGUAUGCAUUUCUUCCACUCCAUGUGCCUUUAAUUUUUUUGCAGGAGUGCAUAUUCUUCCCAUUUUUCUAAUCAGAUGAAUCUCAAUCAGAGCCUAUGUUUAUUCACUAAGUUAACUAGCUAACUAUCUAAAACAGGGAUUGGCCAACUAAGGCUCCAGAGCCAGAUGUGGCUCUGUGGCCCCUCUCCAGUGACUCCCUGUUGCUUUGACAAUAAAUAUUAUAUGGAA